AAAUAAAUAGUGUUAAUCUGUCUUAAUAAACACAGCUUUGAAACUGAGAUAAAAUAUAAAUCAAAUGUAAAAAGCAGAAACAGCACACCAGUGAAUAAUAAUACUUCAAUUAAACAAGAUAAAUUUAGUUAUAGUUGUCGCAGGUAGCAAAAAACAUAGCUAAUGCACUUUGUUUACGUCCCCACUGCAUAAUUUCCAUUGGAAGGGACCCAAAUACAGAAAGCAAAACAAUCAAAUAUAAGCAUCGCCAAACAAGAGAAUUUCCAAUUAUGGCAGACGAGUUCGAUGGCUGCGAAUGCAUCUCGACGCAUGAAUUGGCGAUGCAAAGGCUUAUCAAUUUUAUACGUCAGAAUCAGAAUGCUUGUACGGAUACCGAGUGCAUAGAUGUUAGUGGACGCGUUUUGCAACCGGGUCAGGCGCUGACUGGCAGCGACUCUGGUAACAGUUUUACCAUAGCCAUGGUAUUUAUGCUAUUGGCCAUGUUCAUGUAUAUCGUGAACCCAAGCACUUGGCGUCAAUUGACCAACAAUAAGCCAAGUCGUCGGGAUAACAAUCCAGACGGAGCGCCGCCGCCGCAGCCCCCGGCCAUCAAUUAGGCGUGGAACGUUGCAUAAACAAAUGAGAGCUUGCAUUUUAAUUUUCCUUUUGUUGAACCAAACUACACAGAGGAUUACAUACAUAAAUGUAUAUGUACAUACAAUACAUACAUAUACACACAGGCGAAAUCUGCCAGCAUAUGUACAGACACAUAUAUAACUGAUAUAUAUAUAUAUAUGUAUCUAUAGUGGAAGACAAGAAAAG